GCCUGCAUUUCCGUUUCCGGCUCACCUCUGGCGCCAUGGCGACGGCGAGAGGAUUGGGAUGUCUGCUGACAUUAGGCAGAUGGCGCCGCGGCCUUGGAGUAGCUCCCCAGUCCCGAGCGUUCGUUGCUGUCGUGCCCGGCGUAUCCCAGGUGGACAACAAAUCCGAUUUCCUGAAGAAAAGGUGCCAUCGCCGACACCCCGGCAUCCUGCAGCUGUCAUGCGUGCGGCUGCCGCAAGCGUUGGCUGACGCCGCGCAGUUACUGUUGCUGGAGAGCUCGAUGCCCAUUACGGAGAAGCAGGUGCAAGCACUGACCAGUUAUCUCUGGAGCCGGCAUUUACCUGUAGAGCCAGAGGAGUUGCAAAGACGGGCUGUAUAUCUUGAGAAAAAAUACCUGGAAAACGCAGACUCAUCUAAGAUGGAGGAGAAACUUCACGAAGCAGUACUGCGUGCUUUGCGCAAAACCACCUAUCAUUGGCAAGAACUGAGCUACAAUGAGGGACUGAGCCUGCUGUAUAUGGCAGCAAGACUGGAUGGUGGCUUUGCAGCAGUCUCCAGGGCAUUCCAUGAGAUCCAAGCUCGACUUCCAGAGUUCCAGCCAAAAACCUUGAUGGACUUUGGCUCAGGUACUGGUUCUGUCACCUGGGCUGCUCACAGUACUUGGGGCCAGAGCCUACGUGAAUAUAUGUGCGUGGACAGCUCAGCUGCCAUGUUGGAAUUGGCAGAAAAGCUACUGAAAGGUGGUUCAGAAUCUGGGGUGCCUUCUGUUCCAGGUGUCUUCUUCAGACAGUUUCUACCUGUAUCACCAAAGGUGCAAUUUGAUGUGGUGGUGUCAGCCUUUUCUCUAAGUGAACUGCCCAGCAAGGCCGACCGCGCUGAUGUAGUCCAAACCUUGUGGCGCAAGACAGGUCAUUUCCUGAUAUUGGUGGAGAAUGGAACGAAAGCUGGGCACUCCCUUCUCAUGGACGCCAGGGACCUGGUCCUUAAUGGAAAAGAGAAGUCACCUUUGGACCCUCGACCUGGUUUUGUCUUUGCCCCGUGUCCCCAUGAACUUCCCUGUCCCCAGAUGACAGCCUCUAAGCCUCUGGCCUGUAGCUUUUCCCAGGCUUACCAUCCCAUCCCCUUCAGCUGGAACAAGAAGCCAAAGGAGGAGAAGUUCUCGAUGGUGAUCCUUGCCCGAGGGUCUCCGGAGGAGGCUACCCGCUGGCCCCGUAUCACCCAGCCUGUCCUUAAGCGGCCACGCCACGUGCAUUGUCACCUGUGCUGCCCAGAUGGACAGAGGCAGCAUGCUGUGAUCACGGCCCGCCGGCAUGGCAGGGAUUUGUAUCGCUGUGCCCGUGUCAGCUCCUGGGGAGAUCUUUUACCUGUGAUCACACCGUCUGAGCCUCCUCCAUCCCCUGCUCAGGAUCCCCCUGAGAGCUGACAAGGAUGCAUAACAAGUGUUUCCUUCUGUCGUGCCUGCCAAGGCUGAAGCUACCUGGCAUCCAGGGUGGGAGUACUGGUACCCCCAUAUAUCUGUGUUUGCUUGAGGUUUUAAUGAUAAUAAAAAGUUUUCCGAGAAUAGAAA